AAAUUACGCACUUUCCCGGAAAAAAAUUUGUAGCGAGAAAAUAAUGGAAAAGAGAAAAUUCCCCGAUUCCCCUUUUUUAGCUCGGAGAGAGAAAUAAAAAAAUUAAAAACUAUUCUAUUUGAGAAAACAAGCGACGACUUUUCCGGUUAUUAUUUUGAUUGUUCCAUUCCCGAAUUUCGCUAGGGUUUCGUAAUUUUGCACUCUUCCAAACAAUCGUUGCGGAGCUUUAUCGAUUAAUUUUGCUGGAAAGUUUUCAUCUUUUUUCGGCUUCUGAGUUUUGGUUCGUUAAAUCCAGAAUUGAUUGUGGUGUUCCUUGAAGAAGUUUCAGAAAGAGAGAGGGGGGAGGAAUACGAUGGCUUCUUCUUCUUUUUCUUCUUCUUCCUCAGCUACUGUCGCUGUGGAUAAGGCGACCAGCGAUCUUCUUAUGGGCCCUGAUUGGACCAUGAACAUCGAAAUUUGUGACUCCAUCAAUUCUAAUCAUUGGCAGCCGAAAGAUGUGGUAAAAGCUGUGAAGAGGAGAUUACAACAUAGGAGCUCUAGAGUUCAAUUUCUAGCUCUCACGCUGCUGGAGACAAUGGUAAAGAACUGUGGUGAUUUUGUUCACUUUCAAAUUGCUGAGAGAAACAUACUGGAAGAGAUGAUUAAAAUCAUAAGAAAAAAGGCAGAUAUGCAAGUGAGGAAUAAAAUCUUAGCCUUACUGGACUCAUGGCAAGAAGCAUUUGGGGGACCAGAUGGUAGGCAUCCUCAGUACUAUUGGGCAUAUGAGGAGUUAAAGCGAUCUGGAGUAGUUUUUCCAAAGAGAUCACCAGAUGCAGCUCCAAUAUUUACUCCUCCUCCUACCCAUCCAAAUAUAAGAAGUAUGCAAGCUGGAUAUGGGAUGUCGAGCAAUUCAUCAAAAACACUGGAUGAAACUAUGGCUACUGAGAUAGAAAGUUUGAGUAUGUCAAGCUUGGAGUCCAUGCGACAUGUUUUGGAUCUUUUGAGUGACAUGUUGCAGGCUGUAAAUCCUAGUGAUCGUGAAGCGGUAAAAGACGAAGUGAUUAUUGAUCUAGUUGAUCGCUGUCGCACAAACCAGAAAAAGUUGAUGCAAAUGCUAACUUCAACUGGGGACGAGGAGCUUCUUGGACGAGGCCUCGAAUUAAAUGAUAGUAUUCAAGGUGUGCUAGCUAGGCAUGAUGCAAUUGCUUCUGGUACUGUGUUUCCAAUUCAAGGUGCAAGUUCCAGCUCUGUGCCAACUGAAGCUCAACCUAGUGUAGAUCAAUCCAAUGUAAACAGCUCCACCCUUGGAGAGGCUUCUUCAACGCUUAAAGCUAGCUCUUCAGCCGUAGUGCUUUCUGAAACCCAGAUCCAGAGUGAUGAAGAGGAAGAGGAUGAAUUUGCACAGCUAGCUCGGAGGCAUUCUAAGGCACAGCCAGUGAUUUCAAAUGAUACCGCAACUGGUUCCAGCCAAAAUUCAGUGUCAGUUAACACUACCAGCACAACUCCACAUGUUCCAAACCCCGCAACUUCAGUUCCAUCCAAUGCAUUAGUUCUUUCCAACCCACCUGCCCCAGUUACUGCUGCAAAGGAUCAGGACAUUAUUGACUUACUGAGUAUCACUUUGUCAGUGUCACCAUCCCCACAGACAAGUUAUGCACCGUCUCCACAGACUAGUUAUGCACCAUCAGCCUCUAGCCAAGGCAUGCAUCAGAUACCUGUUCAGUCUACAUCAGAAGGGUAUUCUUUUGCUUCCCAAACAUAUCCGGGAAAUUUGUCAUACAACAGUUACGUUGUCCCCUGGGCUCAACCUCAAUCUAAGUCAGAAUUUCAAGCCCAGCCUCAACAACAAACGUAUCAAUCCCGGUCUCAAUCCCCAACUCCACCCUCAUCUCGUAAUACACAUUAUGAAUUCGAACAACAACACCAUCAACCGACCCAGCAGGACCGGUCUCAGCCCCAGUCUGAGCAAUUGCAAUCUCAACCGGUACUACAAUCCCCACAUGUAUUGCACCAACAACCUCAACAUAAUCAAUAUAGCCCUCAUCAACAACAUUUGCAACCUCGUAAUGAACAGCUACCUCUACAGUAUCAGCCGCAGCACCAAACACUGCAAUCUCAACCCCAACCUCAUCCACAUCCGCAACCCAAUCUCCAACAGCAUUCACAGUAUCAGCCCCAAACGGUACACGGUCAUCAGCCUCAACCUCAACCUCAGCAACAAUUUCAGAAUCAACCUCAGCAACAGCAACAAUUUCAGAAUCAACCUCAGCAACAAUUUCAGAAUCAACCUCAGCAGCAAUUUCAGAAUCAACAUCAUCAAUACCCUGCGAGAUAUCCUCCCCCACCAUGGGCAGCUACACCUGGAUAUGCCAACUAUCAAAAUAACUCUCCUGCUACAAAUUUGAUUUCAACACAAGCCAAUACAGCAGUAUCGUAUCCUUUAGCUCCAGGAGUAAGGACGCCUGUGCUACACAAUAAUUCAUUGUCUGCCAGAGGUGGUGUCGGUGGAACUCCUGCAACUGCAACUGGACAAAAGACUUUUGUUCCAUCUUACAGGCUAUUUGAAGAUUUGAAUGUUUUUGGAAACACAGAUGGAAAGGUCAGUGGUUCAUCAUCUGGCUUGUCUGGAGGGACAAUGGGACCUGGUAUGAUUGGUGGGCGUAAGUGAAGUAUUCUCUUGUGUAAAAAAAUGUAUUGAUAUACUGUAAAAAAUGGGACCAGCAGUAUUGUUUGCAGCUUCUCAUUUGCAUAUUAUGGAAGCUCUCUAGAUCGAUCCAACUGACUCUUCCUAUUCUGAGUAACAACAGAUCAUAAAGUCAUAAGCUGAGUGUUACCUCAGACGACAGACUUUGAACAUUCUUUGAUGUAAUAUUUUAGUUUCUUGUAGUGGUUUUCGUACUUAUGUUCA